UGGACUCACUCGAGUCCGUGUGCCGUGAAUGGGACCAACGAGUACUGCGUCUACUCGGAUCCCGCUUUUGCGGGAAGGGGUAUCAGCAUUAUGACUAGCCCUGGGCGUGCAAUUGAGAUCGUCAAGUCACCAGCCUUCACAGAUCCGUAUAUCUCAGGGCAGAUUGACCGAUUGAACGCGGACGGGAGUUCGAUAUGGAGAGUUGCAGAAGUACCGGGCAAGGGUUUGGGCUUGAUAGCAACACAAAACAUCGAAUUGGGCGACCAUAUCAUGAGCACGACGGCUUCAGUCAUGAUCGACUACAAUGUGUUCUACGAUACGACGGCGCAGCAACUUAUUGAUAUGGAAGUGGCGGCUGUAAGAUAUUUGCCUGACAAGCAUCGGAGGACAUUCUUGAAUCUCUCUACCCACGACCACGCCGGUGAUUAUGAGGCUCAGGUCUCCAAGGUUAUCCUAACAAAUUCUUUCGAUAUUCCAUCAAGCGGAUUUAUAACCUAUGAGGAAGACUCUGAAGAAAAUAAUUUCUACACUGUCUUUCCCGAGAUCUCACGUAUGAAUCAUGAUUGUCGACCGAAUGCCGACUAUUACUUCGACCCUGAAACUUUUGCACAGCACAUCCACGCUGUGCGUCCCAUCACUGCUGGCGAAGAGAUAACCAUCUCUUACAUCGAUACCGUACAAACACAACAAGGUCGUCUCGCCCGUCUGAACCAUUCGUGGCACUUCCCAUGCUCUUGCAGCUCGUGCACACAAAAUAAGUACUUGACCGCCGCUUCUGAUGCCCGGAUCCGCCAAAUCCAGGUAGUCCGUAAACAGUUGCAAGACUGGGGACCCCACUCACAAGCAACUACGGCGAUGGCCGAGCUGUUGAUCUCACUCUAUCGCCAAGAGAGAUUGUGGACGAUGCUGUACGAGGCAUACACAUAUGCGGCCAUCGAGUACAACGGUGAUGGCGAGCCAUGGCUGGCGACCAAAUAUGCCAGGCUUGCUAUACAUCACGGUCUGGCGUCGGGCGGGCCUAGCAAUCCAGAUGUGGUUGAGAUGAUGGCGCUCGUGACAGACCCUUGGGCGCAUUGGAGCUGGAUGCUAAGGACUCAGAAACGGAUGAAUUGGGCUGCUCAUGUGGAAGAGUAGAUGGGACCAAUUUCUGUGAUUUAUUCCGAAACGUAGAACACUUCUCAAAGGGCAACUAAAAUCUUUGAUUCGAUUUCGC